CUCUCGAGCCGUGUAGUUAAAAGUUCCUUUGUGUGGGUACAGUAUUUUUUUGUUUUUUAGUUUUUUUCCGAAUUAUAUAUUAUAAAUUUACAAAUUUAUUGUAAAUAAAUAAAUAUAUUUUCAAAAUCUUAUAAAAAAAAAUAUUUUUUUUUGAUAAAUCAGAAAAUUUAUUAAAAAAUUUUUGUAAAACAAACAAAAAAUCGCAGUGGAAUAAAAAAAAGAGAAAAAUAUUUAGUACACAAAGUAAAAUAACAAAAAAAAGAAAAAAAAAGCAGAGAAAUUAAAUUCGCGCUUUAAUGAAAAGUUUUUUUUUUAUUGUGAUUUUAGUGUGGUUACCUGUACUUGUGUAUAAAAAUUAAAAAAAAAAAUAAAAGAAAAAUUAAAGACAACUUUUGUUUCUGUGUAAAGUGUGAAUCUUUUAAAAAAAUUUUUUAAACAAAAAAGUCAAAUAAGAAAUAAUAAGAAAAUAAAAGGCAAAAAAAUUAAAAUGUCAAAUAAACAAUCGCGUUAUUCGCAUCAUCGUCGAAUUGAUCGCGUACUAUAUUGAAAAAAUUUUAAAAUUCGCUAAAUCGCUACUAAGGAAUUUUUAAAAUUCAAUAAAAAAAAAAUAAAAAUUAUAAGAAAAUUUUAAUAAAGAAAAUCAACUACUACAACAACAAGAGUAGAGAAAUUUAAAAUAUCAACAACAAUAACAACAAUAUCAAUAAAAACAAACUCGUAAAUUUAUGACAAAAAACAACAACAACAAUAAAUUCACAAAUACCUUUGAAAUUUGAGGAAAACACAAAAUCAUCAUAAAGUAAACGUAUAAAUAAAAUUGGAAGAAAAGAGAGCAAAUUAUUAAUAACAAGAGAAGAAAAAAGGAGAAAAGAAUAUGUGUGUAAGGAUAUUUUUGUAAGGAUAAGGACUUUUUUCUUUAAAAAAAUUGAAAAAAAAAACACAAAAAUGAAGAAAGGAGUUUCAGUUUUUUGCCGGUUGUCACUGUCUUUUAAUUAAAAGAAAAUAUUUCAAAAUUAUUUUUUAAAAUAAAAUUCAUAAUUAAAAUUUAAAAAAGAAAAUGAAAGGGUUUUUAUUAAAAAAAAAUGAAAUUUAGUACAAUUAAAUUAGAAAAAUAUUAGUGAUAAAAAAAUUAAAUAUAAAAAGAAAUACGAAAGAAAAAAGGUGUGUUGUCCUUUUACAGUGAGUUGUCAAAAAUUACUAAGAAUUUUUUCUUUUUACAAGUGAAAAUCUAAAAUUUAAUUAUAAGAUUUCCGUCGAAAUAAUACAAAAAAUAAAUAUUUUUCCUAAAUAUUUUGAAUAAAUUAAAAUUAUAGUUUGUAUAUAGUGAAUAAAAAUAAUAAUGGAAUCACCUUUAGAAGUACUAUCUAGAGCUGCUACAAUGGUCCAGGAUAAUGCAAAUGAUUCUCGCCUUACAACCAAAGAACUACCAACAACAAAAUGGAGGCGAGAUCGUCGAAUGCGUGCUGCACCUGAAUAUCAUUUACCCCAUAAUAUUGUAACAGGAUUACCAUCAUCACCAGCAGCACAUUCACCAUCACCAUCUCAAAAUAAUUCAUCACCAUCACCAUCACAGCAAAAACCAUUAACAGAAUCAACAAAUACCACACAAAUAAUUGAAAGUCCACUCGAUAUGUCAGUAACAUCAACGACAAUGAAACCAAGAAGUCCUCCACCACCAUAUAGAGAACCAUUACCUGGAUCAACAUUUGCAUCAUUGGCCAGACCUAGUGUUAUAACACAAGCACCUCCAAAACGUGAUAGUAAUUCUUUGAUAUCGAAUAGAGAGAAUGAUAAUCGAAGUCAAGAAUCAAUUUCAAUGUGUGAUCCAGUAAUUGAUGAACAUUUUCGUCGUUCUCUUGGUGCUGAUUACUUGGUAUUAUUCGGAAAUAAUAAUAAAAUUAAUAAUAAAUCAUCAUCAUCAAUUUCACCAUCAUCUGGUUCCAAUUCACCAAAAAUGUCAUCAUCCUCAUUAGCAAGUGGUGCUUCAUCACCAGCAUUAUCAACAUCACCAUCACUUAGUAUUAAACCAAAUUCACCAACAAUUGAAUCACCAACAUCACCUAAACAGUUAACACCAACACCGGCGAUAACAACAGCCGCAACAUUAAAUAAUAGUGGUGCAACAUCAUUAACAACAUCACAUUUAACAAAACGUGAACAAAAAAACCAACCAAAACAACAACAACAACAGCAGGCGCAUCAAAUUAAUAAACAACAAAAAUCUCCAAUUAAUAAUAGAAGAAGUCCUUCUCCACCACCUCGCACAACAACUGUUAUGGUAACAAAUGAUAAUUCUGUGGCACAUUCAGUUGAUGAUCAUUUUGCAAAAGCUUUAGGUGAUACAUGGCGUAAAUUGCAAGCAAAAGCGAAACGCGAUGAAGAAGACUAGUGCAACAAAAUAUAAAUAUUAUAUUAAAUAAAAUUUAGUUGUAUGUAAAUUAAAGAAAACACUGACUAUCUAAAAUUUAGGAUUAACUAAUUAUAAAAACUAUUGACUAUAUUUGGAAAAAAUAAUCACUUUUGUUUGGAGGAUAAAUUAAAAAAUAGUCUAAAAAUACAAUUGAUUAAACAAAAACGCCAUUUAAACGAAAAAAUUUUUGGUUUUAAGAAAAUAAUUUCAGAUUUUGAAGAGCCCUGAAUUAAAACUAGUUUUUCUAUUUCAUUAAAUAAAAUUUCCCUUUAAAAUUUCUGAAAAUAAAGAUUACAAAUUCACAAGGCUGAAUUCAAAGUUCAGAAAAAUCAAUAUUUUAAAUUUUAUCGUAAAUUUUAAUCAUUUAGUCGUUCUCAUCCUUGAAUUGGCCAUUGUUAGCCAUUGAUAUUUGCGCAUUUUGCGGUAAAAUUAAAUGACCUUACCUUAAAAUUUCAAUCACUUAAAUUUUUAGAAUCAUUUUAAAAUUUUUUUUUUAAUUUAAGGGCAUUUUGACGAUGACAUUUUUAACACUGCAUUAAACUUCACCUGAUGAAUUUUAUAAAAUUUCAAUUUUAAAAUAAUCCUGCAAGGAUCGUACCUCUUUCUUAACUAUUGGUAUAACAAUUAAAAGAAAAAUUACAAAUAGUAAAACGACUGCCAAAAUUAUCGUCUAUUAAUUAAAAUCUAAAUAUUUGCAUUGUAUUCGAUAUUUUGUCAAAUUAAGCGAAUAUGAAAUUUUAUUAUUGAAAAUUUAUUAAAUUAAAAUAAAUACAACACACACUGCAUAAAAAAUUAUGAUUUUAAAAAUAUGAUUUUACGCUGCACUAAUUUUAUUAAAAAUUUUAUGAGAAAACCGGGAGAAAUUCCCUGCACAUUCAUAUUACAAUAAUAUAUUAGCGCAUUGCCACACAAUUUAGCUUGCAAGCUCAAAUUAUUGAAUUGUUUAGGUUUGCAUUAAGUUCAAAAUUGCAAUAUUAAAGUAUUAAUACAAAAUUCAGCAAUUAAAAGAUGUAAGCUGAAUUGUAUAUUAAUACCGUUAUUAUGGUAAUUUUGAAGAUAUUAUUGGAAAUUGAAUGUCGCAUGGAUUUUUUCAUAUUUUAUCACAUUUUUUUUUUACUAAAAAAAAAACUAUGUGUAAAAUUAUUUAAUAGACUUUAAAUUUUAUUUAAAUAUUGAAUUUUUCAUUUUCAAAAAUAUUUAAAUUCAAUAUGCAAUUUGUGUACAAAAUAGUAUUCUAAAUUAUAUUGUAUGUAUACGCAAUUGAAAUUUAAUAUCCCGUGCAACUUAUCCCGUGCUUCUUGCAAUUUAUUAAUAUAACUAAAAGCCCAUUAAAAUUCUAAAUUUUUUAUUUCUAUACUAUCAAUAAAUCAUAAUAAAAUUCUCAAAUUUUUAUUAAAAAUGGGGGCGGUUUCAGUUCUAGAAUAGUCCUAGCUUGUAGUACGUUCGAAAAUUCACACUGCAUACACUUAAAAUAUAAAUCGUUCGGAAAUUACUGUUAUUAAAGUAAGUUUUCUUUAAGUCUUCAAAUCUUGUUACGAUUUCUUUAUUUUGCAAGCAAUUGGGUGGCGAAAAGUAUUGGGACAACGUCAUUUCUGUUUUUUUUCGAAAGACUAAUUAUUUAGAAGUUUCAAAAUUUGUAGACUACGUAAACAAAAAAAAAACUAAGCUAAAUUUUUUGCAUAGUAUUUUUGCUGCUACUUAGAAAUUUUAGUUCUAAUGUAGAACUUUCAGCGCAGCGUGCAUAAACGAAAACCCCCAUGAUAUAAAUUAAAUUUUAAAAUAUUUUUUGGAUAAAUUAAUUAAUUCAAGUUCUAUCGGGAAACAAACAGAUUUGACUAGAAUUUUUUUUUGAAAGAAUAUCCUUUAAAUUUCUAUAGCGUUUGAAUUUAUUUAUUUUUGUAAUGAAAAAUUCGUAUUUUAAUAAGAGUUUUAUAAAUCUAUAUACUAAAAUUAUAUACAAAAUUUUAAAUUUAAGAAUUUU